AUGAUGGAUCUUGAACCUCGUUGGGACGGAUCAUGCUCAGAAUCGUUGACCUCUCGGGUACAAAAAGAUGGGUCAUUCACUGCCAGCUUCCUUUCUUGCUCUCACCUCCACCUCAACCCUACUGUCAACAUCGGCACCAUGCGAUCCUCAGCUCUCGUCUCGGGAGCCAUUUUGGCCAUCCUUCAGGCUAUCCCUUCGAGUGCCCUACCGGCUUCUGAUGCCAAAUCGGCCCACGAUCCUAUCUUUGGUUACGGCAUCGAGGAUAUUAUCUGGGAAGUCAAGGCCCACCCGGAUGGCCCUACCAUGAACGUGACCGGCACCAUUCAGCAGGUUUACGAUGCCCUGGACAAAGCCAACCCCAACUUCCGUAAGGAUUUUGGAAUCGACAACACCGCCGACAGCCCUGUGUUCGCUACGGCCACUGAGUCCGACAGCUCUUACGAGCUCGAGUCGCUUGUCUGCAAUGUGUUCGAUUAUGCUCAGAGGACUGCUACCACGAAGGGCAUCGAGUACCUCAAUAAUGUACCCGGUACGCCUGCCAACGGACCCGGUCCCGGCAACUGCGGGCGCGUUAGCUGCUCCUAUGAGAGCGCUAUUUAUUGGUGCAAUGAUAACCCGGACGUCAAAUCGCUCGACUCGUACGGCUCCAUCGGUUGGGCUGCUCAGUUUGUUCUCAACUCCCACAACAGGGACUGUGCCACGAUUUGGGGCGAACUUCCCGAAGACAACGGCGUUAAGGGUCGGGUCUUCGUUAAGGGCAACUGGAACGUUGUCGUCCGCAAGGAUGAUUGCUAAAAUGUAUGCUCAUGGUGCAUAAGUACUUGGGGGUCAGCACUAUGGACUCGAAUGUCAUGGAUGUACCUGCCUAGGCAUCCCCAGUGGGCCAUAAGCCUCGAGCGAGGAGUGGAAGGAGGCAGAAGACGCGUGCCCUGUGUGUGCUAGAGUUUAUGAGGAAGGAAC